GUCACCCCCAGCCAUCGUCUCGCCCGAGAUAGAGCGGCUCUCCCUCCACAACAAAAUCCCGCUCGCCGCCCGGCUGUACGGCCUCCCCGUCCUCUCGCUCUAUCCCCUCUUCUACUACGCCUACCACUACAAGUACGACCAGUGGAUCGUCUCCGAGGAAUGGACAUUCGUCUUCUCCGUCCUCCUCGGCGCAGGCCAUGCCCUCAGCUUCCUCCUCACCGCCUGGAGCAGCCGCAUGAAUGCAAGGAUCAGCUACACGACCGCCGCCUCGCUGGAAUCCGCGUCCAGAGUCCGCGUCAUCCCCAAGAAGGGCAGAGGCAAGGGUGAAAUUGUCCCGCUCGACCGCAAAACUGCACCCGGCGCGACCGAGCCCGCCUACUCUUUCAGCUACCAGCGUGACACCUAUGUCUACAACCGCGCCGACAAUGUCUUCACGCCUAUCCCCUACCCCUGUGACUCGUCUCCGCCCCUCUCCACCUUCCAGACCGCCCGCGGCAUCCUCACGCACCCUGCCGCCAGGCCCAAGCCGACCGCGCCUGAGGCUGGUCUGCCCAGUCUCGAGGCGUUGAAGGCGACCUACGGUCUCAACGAGUGCCAUAUCCCCAUCCCCAAGUUUGCCGAGCUCUUCGCUGAGCAUGCCGUGGCGCCCUUCUUUGUCUUCCAGAUGUUCUGCGUCGCGCUCUGGUGCUUGGACGAGUAUUGGUACUACUCUCUGUUCACUGCCUUCAUGCUGGUCGUCUUUGAGUGCACCGUCGUUUUCCAGCGUGUCAAGACUCUCCAAGAGUUCCGCACGAUGAGCAUUACACCAUACAAUGUUCAGGCUUUCCGUGAUGGCAAAUGGGUCUCUGUUAUUAGUUCUGAGCUUGUCCCUGGAGACCUCGUCUCUAUCCUCCGUACCAACCCCGACUCUGGCAUCCCCUGUGACCUUCUCUUGCUCCGCGGAACAUGUAUCGUCAACGAAGCUAUGCUUUCCGGCGAAUCCACCCCCUUGCUCAAGGAAAGCAUUGAACUCCGUGAAGGUACCGAUAGGCUCGAUAUGAACGGGGCAGACAGGAACAACGUCUUGUUCUCUGGUACCAAGGCUUUGCAGGUCGAGAAGGCUGGUGAGGGCGGUAUGACCACUCCAGAUGGUGGUUGUCUCGCCGUCGUUCUCCGUACCGGUUUCGGCACCACCCAGGGUCAACUCGUUCGAACCAUGAUCUUCUCCACCGAGCGCGUCUCUGCCAACACCUUUGAGGCCUUCCUUUUCAUCGGCUUCUUGCUCAUCUUCGCCAUUGCAGCUUCCGCCUACGUCUGGAUCAAGGGACUCGAGCGGGGCAUGGUCAAGGGCAAAUUGCUGCUUGACUGUGUUCUCAUCAUCACCAGUGUCGUCCCUCCCGAGUUGCCUAUGGAACUUUCCCUGGCUGUCAACGCGUCUCUCGUGGCCCUCCAAAAGUAUGCCAUCUUCUGUACCGAGCCCUUCCGUAUCCCAUGGGCUGGACGUGUGGAUGUGUGCUGUUUCGACAAGACGGGUACCAUUACUGGUGAAGAUCUUGUCGUCGAAGGUAUCGCUGGUGUCAACUCUGCCGACCCCAAGGCGCUUCGCCCUGUUACGGAAAGCAAUAAAGAAACUACUCUUGCCCUUGCCGCUGCCCACGCUCUCGUCUUGCUUGAUGAUGGUACGAUUGUCGGUGAUCCCAUGGAGAAGACGACUUUGGCCGCUUUGGACUGGAAGUUGUCCAGAGGCGACCAAAUCUCGCCCGUCUCCAAGGAAUCUCCUUACAAGGCCCAGAUCCAUAUUCGACGCCGAUACCAAUUUUCUUCUGCUCUCAAGCGAAUGUCCACCAUCUCUUCCGUCUCCGACUCUCAGGGCAAGAAAUGGGUUGCCGCUGUCAAGGGUGCACCCGAGACUUUGAAGAGCAUGUAUGUACAGGUUCCCGAUUGGUACGAGGAGACCUACAGGUGGUACACUCGACGAGGAAGUAGGGUUUUGGCUUUGGGUGUCAAGUACAUGGACGUUCAGGCGGACAAGAUUAACCAGAUCCACCGAGAUCACGUGGAGUGCAAGCUCAGUUUCGCCGGUUUCCUCGUCUUCCACUGUCCCCUCAAGCCUGAUGCCGUGGAAACUCUCAAGAUGCUCAACGACUCGUCUCAUCGAUGUGUCAUGAUUACGGGUGACAACCCCUUGACUGCUGUUCACGUCGCUAGAGAUGUAGAGAUUGUGGACCGUGAGGUUAUGAUUUUGGACUUGAAGGAAGGCACUACCUCUAACGAGCUUGUCUGGCGAAACGUCGAUGAGACCAACGUUAUCCCUGUCAACUCGUCUGAGCCGUUUGACCAAUCCUUGUUCAAGAAUUACGAUAUCUGCAUUACCGGCGCCGCGCUCAAGCAGUACGAUGCCCUUCCUUCUGUCACCGAUCUCAUCAAGCACACAUACGUUUACGCUCGCGUAUCGCCUGCUCAGAAAGAAUUCAUCAUCACCACUCUUCGAUCGCUUGGUUACAUUACGCUCAUGGCCGGUGACGGUACGAACGAUGUCGGUGCUCUCAAAGCUGCACACAUCGGUGUCGCCCUUCUUGACGGUUCUCCCGAGGAUUUGAAGAAGAUUGCCGAGCACCAGAAGCUUGAGCGAAUGAAAAAGGUUUACGAGCAGCAGGUCCGCAUCUCUGCGCGAUUCAACCAGCCGCCUCCGCCGCCUCCGCCUGCUCUCCGGGAGGCGUACCCCGAGCUUGUCAAGACUCAGCAACAGGUUGCAAAGGCCCAUGAGGGAGCCAAGAAGGCUAACCCUCUGGAGAAGUUUGACAUGGCUACCAUCACUUCCAAGCUGUCCGAAUUGGAUGAGGACCAAGACGUGCCGCAAAUCAAAUUGGGUGAUGCCUCUUGUGCAGCCCCUUUCACUUCCAAGUUGUCCAACGUCUCUGCUAUCUCCAACAUCAUCCGCCAAGGUCGAUGCACUCUUGUCGCGACCAUCCAGAUGUACAAGAUUCUCGCCCUCAACUGCCUUAUCACUGCCUAUUCCUUGUCUGUUCAGUACCUUGACGGCAUCAAGUUUGGUGACUACCAGGUGACAAUCACCGGUAUGUUGAUGAGUGUUUGUUUCUUGUGUAUCUCUAGGGCCAAGCCUGUUGAAAAGCUGUCCAAAGAGAGGCCGUUGGGCAACAUCUUCAACCUUUACGUCUUGCUUUCAGUCUUGCUUCAGUUUGCCAUCCACAUUGUGGCUUUGGUCUACAUCACUGGUCUUUCCAAGUCUCUUGAGGACCGUGGGGAGAUUGAUCUCGAAAAGAAGUUUGAGCCGACUCUGCUCAACACUGCCAUCUACCUCCUCGGUCUUUCCCAGCAAGUCUCUACUUUUGUCCUCAAUUUCCAAGGCCGUCCCUUCCGAGAGGGUAUCCGGGAGAAUCCUCCGUUGUACUAUGGUUUGCUCGGUGUCAGUGCAGUUGCCUACUGCGGUGCGACCGACUUUGUCCCCGAGUUGAACCGAUGGUUGCAGUUGGUCGAGAUGACUACUUCUUUCCGAGUCAAGCUCACCAUCUCCAUGGUGCUCGACUUUAUCCUUUGUUGGGCCAUUGAGAAGACUUGCAAGGCGCUGUUCGCGGACCUUGAGCCUGUUGAAUUCGUGACCCGCGGAAGGGAGAGACGAGAGAAGCGCCGAGCGCAAGAGGCGAAGAAACUGAAGGAGGACGAGAGGUUGAGGCUGCUUGCCGAAGGCGAAAAGAAGGCGCAGUAAGCGCGCUGGUUGGUGAGGGAGGGUGGUGUGGUUUAGAACACAGUAAGGAUGCAUUUGUCAUUUUUCUUG